AUGGAUGAUGACGAAAUAAUAAUGGCGGAAGACGAAGAGGAGGAAAAAAAAAUUUCUUAUAUAGAUUCACAGCUUAAUUAUUAUAUUGACAAAUUAGAUCCGAAAAAUAAAUUUAAUAAUAUUGUCAAACCAAAUUCAACUGAUGGUGACAAGUGGACCUCUUACCUUAAUAAUGUAAAACUUUAUUCGGAUGAAAUGAAACACAAGGCUGAAUGGAUUUAUGUCAGCGCAUUAUUUGACCAGACAAAUUUUGUUUUUCAACAUGCAAUUAAGAAUAAAAAUGAUUUAGACGAAAAGGCACAGAAAAAGUACAUAAAACAAGCUCUCGAAAGUUCUAUCUCAGCAAAAAGUACUACUCAAAAAGGUCGAUAUAAGCAAGUUUAUGACCAUAUGAUUGAUCUAGUUGGAAGAUUUGAAAGUCAUAAAAUUCCGAUAGAUGUAUGGCUUCCUUUAUUAAGUCAAAUUUGCAUCUCAUUUCGAUUUUUACAUGAUUCAAAUUUCAAAAGAAAAAAAUCCUAUAAAUUAUAUGACAAUUUCAUUAGUGCUUUUAUUUCAAAUUGUCUUGAAUUGAUUAGUAACAAAGAAGUUGAGUAA